AUGGCGCUCCUGCUGGUGUUCCUCUCACUGUGGUAUCUGCUCGUGCGUCGCGACUUCACCAAACGCAGCGAAUACACAGAAGUGAGGACGACCCCCUGGGACGCCCGCGCCAUCUUCGAGAUAUGCUCCAACCUCUCACCCUUAAACGUUAUUAUCGAGAAAUGGUACGAAAAAGACUCUAGCAUGGUUCCGGGUACGCUGAUCUCAUAUGAAAGCGGGACCAUUCCUGUGCUUUCUGGAACCCAUCCUCGAACCUCCUCUGCACGGCAUCGUCGUCCCGGACGACCAUGGACCAUCCAGAACAAAAUUAGCGACAUGUUAAUGAAACACCUCCAGCAUUUCCCGUUCCUGAUUGAAGCGGCGCGCUAUUUGCGGCUUCUUGUCGUACCUAUCCCCGCGCUAGAGAAGGAUUUCAAGGACUUAAAGAUCCAAACAACGCGAGGGUGUAGCGGAGCUCAAGCGCGGUUGGCUGGUGUGGAAGCGGAUAUGGGCGCGUUGAAGAUCCGGUUAGGGAAUGUGGAGGUGCGGCAGCAGGCUGUGUUGGAUUCUAACCGGGUGUGGCGGGAAGUGAAUGAGGCGUCCAGGAGAAGAAUGGUCAGGUCAUGGGAGUGA